AUGCCGCUGGAUGAGUUUAACAGCUCAUAUCCAUUGCUGUCUAGAGCGUUCCCGUCGCUGUAUCCAUGCGGUGAGGCAGACUUCGUAGAGCCCCUGCGACAGCGCAAGGUCAAUUUUGACGACUACAUCGACCAUAUGAUGAAGUACCAAGAUGGACGCUUUGCGCAACACCCUCGCUUUCGCUACGUCGCUUACAACAUGCUUAUGCGACGUCAGUCGAUGGCGAAGUCGAAGCACUUUGUGCGUGCCAACAAUCAGUAUCAAAACAUCACCGUCGAGGAUCUCCGUGCGGCCCUAGAAGGUGAUGACGAUGAUCUUGAUGGCCAGCGUCUACUGAAUGCCGUUGGCAAUCAGCUGCAGAACACCGUACACUUCCUGGAUUGCCCUACUACAUUCAUGACAUACAGUGCACCGGACUACUAUACUCAUGACCUUCACCGCUAUAUGCCCAACCCGCCUACGCCAGAUCUGACGGAGGAUCAGCGCAUGCGGCUAGCGAAGGAGAACGUCCGCGAUAACCCACACAUCGCUACGUACAGCUUUUACCACCGUUACACUGGCUUCACUAAGAUGGUCAUGGAGCCGAUCUUGGGCAUUAAUGACUCAUGGGAGCGAUUUGAAUUCUAA